AUGGCAUCCAAUGUCGACGUUCGCCUCACUCGCCCUCCCCUCUGUCCCCUUGUCGCCCGAUGGUACUUCUUCUAUCCGUUUGCCAAUACUCCACCUCGUGACCUGUGCGCCUCGUCUCGUGACUCUGAAGGACCUACUAGAGUGUUGCUAUUCGGAUGUGGUGAUAUCAUAUCCCUAGGCCAUACCUUCCUCCUCAACCAGACAUGUGCUCAUGCCGAGGCUUGGGCGUCUACUCCCCUGAAGGCAGUUUACUGUGAUACCGAACCUGCUAUCAUCGCUCGAGACCUGGUCUAUUUCCAGCUUUUACUAAAUGCUGUUUCUAGCGAGAUGGAGGUGGACCACCGCUUGUCUCCUCGGGAUGCCUUGGUUGCUUGGGAGGGGGUGUAUGGUAUGUUCAUCACUGAACAGGUCGCUGAUCAGCUGAAGGACGCUAUCUGUGACGUAAGCGAAGCACCACUGAAAGAUUCCAAGGACUGGCUGUGUUCAGAACUCGGAGGAUGUGGUGUUCAUGUUAGUAACAUGAACACCGCAGCCUGUAAUACAGGCGAUAGAGAUAGAGUCAUUAAGCUGCUGUGUUGGUGGUUGAACCACUGGUUCAAACUGCUUGAUGGAAGGAUCUGCCUUGGAAGAGCUUCCACCUCUAGAGUCUGCGAGUUGCGACGUCUGCUGUACGACAAAUUCUCUACGAAGCCGGAAGGCGGAAAGCUGAGUCCUCGCGUAGAGGCCGUUGCUCCGGCCUUAAGUCUCGAUGGUGUCGAGGAGGCCAUAAAGCACUAUAGUCGGCUUGGUUUCGCGGGCGUAUCCAUUGGGCGCUUCGGUCCAUCUCUGUCCCCUUGUGAUGGUGCUCAUUAUGAGCACUCUAUGUAG